AGUUUUCUGGAAGCUGGGAGUGACAGAUACAGUAGUGGAGAAACAAAACAUUGAUGACUGCUACCGAUUCCUUGACUUGAUGGGGUCCUAUAAAAGGCAAACGCACUCCAACUGAACCUGGACGCCAUUCUGUACACAUUUUUUCUUUCUUUCUUUGCCCAAACUUCGCAAACAAACAUCCAUGGCAACUGCCGGCGUGCAAGAACCUCGUAUUCCACCCCUAACUUCCACCUCCGAGCCACCUCCACUUUUCGACGGAACCACCAGGUUGUAUAUCAGUUAUAUUUGUCCCUAUGCGCAGCGUGCUUGGAUCGCUCGGAACUACAAGGGACUACAGGACAAGAUUGAACUGGUUCCUAUUGAUCUUCAAAACAGGCCUGCCUGGUAUAAGGAGAAAGUCUACCCAGAAAACAAGGUGCCAUCAUUGGAGCACAAUGGGAAGGUCUUGGGAGAGAGUCUGGAUUUGGUCAAAUACAUAGAUGACAACUUCGAAGGUCCAUCUCUGGUUCCCAGUGAUCCUGCCAAGAAAGAAUUUGGUGAGCAAUUGAUUUCUUAUGUUGAUACUUUCACCAAAGAGCUGUAUUCUGCAUUGAAAGGAGAUCCAAUACAACAAGCCAGUCCUGCUUUUGAUUACUUGGAGAAUUCUCUUGGAAAAUUUGAUGAUGGGCCAUUCUUUCUUGGUCAAUUUAGCUGGGUGGAUAUUGCCUAUGUUCCAUUUGUUGAAAGAUUCCAGCUCGUCUUUUUGGAGGUGUUCAAACAUGAUAUAACUGAAGGAAGACCUAAACUUGCAGCAUGGAUUGAGGAAGUGAACAAGAUUAAUGGGUAUACACAAACAAGAGGUGAUCCUAAGGAUAUUGUUGAUCUUUUCAAGAAACGUUUUUUGGCUCAACAGUAAAAGCCGGGGCGUCCUCUAAGAUGUAGAUUAUUGGCAAUAAAGUAUUAUGUGUGUACGGGACGCUUCUUUUGUUUGCUAGAAUCGAGAAUAAGCUAUAAUAGGCAAGCUUUGGUUUGGCUGCUAGUGUUGCUGCAAAUAAUUUGAUUUCAAGGUUUAGAUGAAUUAUAUGUUCCAGCUUGGCAUGGAAUUAUCCUAUGAUUAUUAUGUUUGGAUAUAUAAUAUCAUAAUAAAUUAAUUGUCUUUUUUAUACUCU